AUGGUCGGCAACAACAAUGACAACCAGCAGAACAGUGACCAGUUCAACGUUGAACGACUGAUCCAAGAAACUGCUGCUGGCAACCAGUCUCGCCCUCCUCAUGACGGGCAUCCCCAACCGAAGAACGGACAAGCAGUUCCCGUCGGACAACCCAAACACAACGACGGAAGACCACCUUCAAGAGACGGCCAGACGGCCACUCCGUCGACCCAAAGCUCCAAACAGUUCGAGGACCUGGAAGCCGAUGCAGAUUCUUCCCGGGUAGAAAUCCCGGUUCCAGAAAACGUUGAUCCAGGUCACAGCCGCACUGCUCAGCGCAGUCAAUCGGACCAACACCCUGCUGUUCGAACAGAACAAAAGGAUUAUAGCUACCUUGGAACAGAAACACCUCCCCAGGUCACCUCCGAGGAGGCGCACCGCCACCGCUCCUCCUCCAGCUCUCGCUCCCCUCAUAGGAGGAGACGUCGCAACCGAUCCUACAGCCUGUCUCCUGAGUACAGGCGUGACCUAUCUGAUUCUGAAAGUCCCCGAGGACGAAAGCGGAAUCGUGGCGCAGCUUCUAAGAAGACCUCUGCUUCAAAGCACAAAGAUCUAUCGCCGAAGAAGAAGCCCACCUCCCUACACAAAGGGCGCGGGAAACUCUCAAGAAAACUGGAAAACCUUCCAGGCCGAGACACUCCCCGAAAGUCUUCGUCACCACCAUUACACUCCGUCACCUCCUGA